UCGGCAGCCGUCGCCUUCGCUCCAUUCACUCACCUUCCUUCAACCACCACCUCCACUUCCGUCCCGCCCAACCUUCCUGCGUGUGAAGGGAAGUUCAGUCGCAGAAGAACCGAGUCAAGUCAACCUUGGCUGAACUUUUCGCCCUGGGUAUCUCCGUGAGCGCCAGACGUGUGCCUUUUUUUUGCUGGGUUAUUUUGCUAUAGACCGUAGAGAAAUUGCAUGUUCCCGAAUCCCGUUGGUCUAGUGAUGAGAAGAUAACUGGCAAUCGCUCUCACCUCCACUGUCACUGUCACUGAACGAAAACCUCACUGGGACCGAACUGGCACCAAAUUAGCACCAAACCACCCCCGGCACCACCAUCUGGACCGACUGGGGACGACCGGGGACGACUGGGACCAGGUGGUGCUUGCGUCGGGUACUUAGGCUGGGUACUCCUAACCAGCUACCUUUACGCCAACGAAAAAAAAAGGUUUGGACUCCUCUGACAAGCGGAAGUCGACGAACGGGAAACGGUCAGUCAACCUGCUCCAUCCACAUCUGCCAUUGCUAGGUCCGUCUUCCCACUGCCCCCGUCUCCCGACCUGCAACCAUCCCGACGACCCUCCUUCACCGUCGCCGAAAACUCUACCCUAAAACCCGGGACUGACCAAGCUGAACCGGAGCAGGCACCCACCCCUCUUGCCGACUCCUCGCUUCCAUUGCAUCCAUCUCGGGGCGCACCUCAUCGACGUCGGCCCAUCCGCCUCCUUUACGCCCUUCUUCCCGUUCACUCCCCAGGCCCUCGGGUGCCUCCUCACCCGUCAUGGCGACCCAGCAAAGUCCGCCUUUCAAGGUGGACCGCUACGUGGUCAUUCACGUCGCGACCACAUGCGACGAGCACGGCGUUUAUGUGACCAAGGACUCCGCCGAGGUCAUUGAGCUCGGUUGGAUUCUUUUGGAUGCCAACAACCUCGAGGAAAUCCACAGAGAGAGCGUUCUCGUCAAGCCGGUCAACACUCCCAUUACUCCUCUUUGCACGAGCUUGACGACCCUCACGUGGGAACAUGUCCGUAACGCCGGCACCUUCAGAGAUGCCAUCAACCGCUUUGAUGCUUUCGCCUCCGAACACUUGACUGGCCCCAACCUUGACUUCGUUUUCGUCACCCUCGAGGCGUGGGAUUUGCGCGUCCAGCUCCCUAGGGAAGCCCGUGACAAGGCCGUUGUCCUUCCCCCCUAUCUGCAGCACUCGCGCACUUUCGACCUGCGCACCGAAUACCAAAGAUGGCAGCAGCAUCACCCCGAGUCGCUGCCUUUCGGCCCCUCAUCGCUUGCUAACAUUUGCGCGGCCCUUGAGGUGGAGGCUGUUCAGAGCAGCGCUCCCAUCAAGCAUAAUCUACCCUUCCACUUGCAGGCUCUUGCACCCGCGUCUCCUCGCCGUGCCAUGGAGGAAGCUGUCACUCUUGCCCGUGUCCUGCGUAGCUUGAUUCGCAAGUCUCAGCCCGCUCAUGAGCAUCCUGAUGUGCUUACUCGGCCUAUGGAUGCCCGUGCUGACGUUCGUGCUUUUUUGUCGGAGCGCAGCAAGGUGUUGCACAUGUCCGGCUUGCCUCACGACACUACCCAGUCCGAGUUGGAGAGCUGGUUCACCCAGUACGGUGGUAGGCCCAUUGCGUUCUGGACUCUGCGGACUCCCGAGCAGCACAAGCCUACCGGAACUGGCUUCGCUGUCUUUUCUUCUCACGAAGAGGCCGCCGAAAGUCUUUGCAUGAAUGGAAGGGCUUUGAACGAGAAGGCUAUUGAGGUGUCGCCCUCCUCUAGUAGGGUCCUUGAUCGCGCUUCCGAGAUCCUUACGCCCUUCCCUCCCAGCAAGAACCGCCCCCGACCUGGUGAUUGGACGUGCCCUUCUUGCGGCUUCUCCAACUUCCAGCGCCGUACCGCCUGCUUCCGCUGCUCCUUCCCGGCUGUCAGUGCUGGUCCCACUGGCGAGAUGGGCUAUGGCUACGGCUACGGUCCCCCGGCUAUGAUGCCCGCUCCUCCUCACAUGGGCCACCACGGCCAUGGCGGUGGACACGGCCGUAUGGGCGGCUCUGGUGUCGUUCCUUUCCGUGCCGGUGACUGGAAAUGCGGUAACGAGGUCUGCGGAUAUCACAAUUUCGCCAAGAAUGUGUGCUGUCUUCGUUGUGGAGCGAGCCGUGCUGGCGCCGCUGUCGUCGCCGAUUCAGGCUAUCCAUCCCCCUUGGACGCUCAAACCUCUUACGGCAUGAAUCAAGGAUCCAUGGGCGGCAAUUCUGCGCCUGGCCCCUUUGCUUCCGCCAGUGGCUUUAACUCUGCAGGUGGAUAUGGCCAGCAUUUCGGUGGCCCGCCCAGCACCUAUGCUCUUCCCUCUGGCCUCGGUGGCGGUGCUGCUCCUUAUCCUUCCCUCAACACCCAUUUCGGCCCCGCUCCUGGCUCGCACUCGGCCGGUCCUUUCGAUAGCCGUGCCGCCGAGGCCGCUUUCCAGUCUGCCAGCAACGGACCCGCCUCUGCCGGCCCUGGAAACAACUUCUACUCUCAAACUGAGAGCGAUCCUUUUGCUUUCCUCUCCAGCGGCAUCGGUAGCCUCUCUGUCAGCAACCAGGAUGCUCGUCAGAACGGCGGUGCUGCUCCUGCCAGCAAGUCACCCGCGUAAAGGAACAACAUCACAACUCUUCCCAGUGCCAAGCCGUACGACGGAUUGCUCACAUGGCAUCGAGCUUUCGAUUGUUUCUUCAGUUGUGAAUUUCACCGCGAACAAUUUUGGGAACGAGAAUAGAGAUCAAUUUGGAAUCUUGGCGAUAACUAUGGGCUUAUACUGUUUCUUCACGGGGUGCAUGGGGCAAGCGGAGCACGGGUGCAGGCAAGGCUUUUGGGAGAACUACUGCGGCGGUUUUUACUUGGGCGUGGGAAGCGGGACGGAAGCGGCGCCUGGCAGGCAAAAAUUUGCGAAUCGGAUGGGUAUGAUAAAAAGAAACGCAACAUGCCAUUUUUACAAAAUCCCUCAGGGCGGAGUUUAUCUUGAACGACGCAUGGUAACUGGCUGGCUGGCUUAUGGCAAAAAAAAGGGGGCGGGAACGGCUGGAUUCAUUGCUAGGAGCUACGGUCAAGGCCAACGGUCUCUCAGCGGCUCUCGGUUUUUGCAACGCCGGUUCGCUAAAGCGAGACAUAUCAUGGACUGGCGGAGCUGGGUUAACGGAGCAGGGGAAAAGAACUAAAUCGUAAUUUUGGCCUUAUGUUUCUUGGGGGGCGGUUGGGGGUGCUGGUGGCUAUGGGUGCUGUUGCCUUUUCCGCGACUUUCAUUUUCAUAUCUAUUGGAGGAGUGUCAACGUUCUAUUUUUCUCUGCCAAUUUGGUGCUUUCAAGUUUGUUCGAAAUCUUUUCCUCCCAUCACUUUUCACAUCUAGUCAAAUCAUAUACAAGAACAAACAAAACCGCGGUACUUUAUUUCGAUCAGUGGCAAGGCAAGGCACGUGGAGCAAAAGACGGACCGUCAAAUUGGUUGGGGAACUCAGCGGAGGCGAAGGGGUGUUGGCUGGUUUAUUGGUUGGGAUGGACGAGACGGUUUGCAAGGAGCGGCCGAGGUUCAUCUCUUCCCAAUUUCAUAACAACAUGAUAUGUAACUGCUGUUUGUGAAUACUUCUUUUCCCCCGCGUUGUGUUAAGUUGUUUCUCUCUUCCUUGAAGGGGUGCCUGGAGUUGGUUUGGUGUGUGCGAGAAGAAAAGGGGCAAGAUAAAUUGGGUUUUACAUUAUUAUCCGGUAUCCGGUUGAAACAUUUACAUCGUAAACGGGAAAAGUUUAGUAUGGUUAGGUGGCGUGGGCGAGUAGGCUUGAGUCGAAGGAGGGAGAGAAAAAAAAAAAGAGAGGGGGGAGGGGGGGGAGGACGGAUGCUCUACUGAUCUGGAUGGGUAGAUUGUGAACUGUACAUCUUCCUCACAAGGCAUCAUCAUAUCGUUGAUGCAUCAUGCU